AAUAUGUAAUGUAAAAUAAGUAAUACAGUAAAAGAAUGUCAAACACAUUGAAUAAUAAAUUAAAUUUAUAAAAACUAAUAAGUUUUUACUGUACCGAAAGAUGAACAUAGAAACUCAUUAAAAUCUACCGUCACUUUUACGAUUGCUGCACAUGCGCCAAAUUAUAAAAGCAGUCAUUUUUUCAAAUAUUUCAAUGCAUUAAAUUUAUCUCAAUCAAUGAAUAUCUAAUGAACUUUUAUUUUUUUUAGAACAUAUGACGAUUAGAAAACUUUCUAUUUUCUUUUUAAUGUUUACAUUAACUUUCUAACAUAAUGAAUACGAAAAUUAAAAAUUGAAUUCCAUUUUAUAUGUAUAAAAUUUGAUUUGAUUUGUUAAAAUGGAUUCUACAGAUACAGAAGUGAGCUAUAACUAAGAGUAUACAUAUGCAAUACAAAUAUAUUAGCAUAAAUAUCGUAUUUAUGUUAAUUAUUUAAAUUUGGUUUCGCUAUUUAGGAACCUUUAUCUACAGGCCGAAAGAGAAAAGAUCGUGGUGAGAAAUCGAAACAUAGAUUUGAUCCUAUACAUCUCGAAGUGAAAUAUCCUGGUACAGCCAUAUUACUUUUGCAAUGUCAGGAAAAUACGAUUCUUUUAAAUGCAGCGGCUGCACUUUCCAAAUAUACUACAAAAUCUCAAGAAAAUAUACAUAUACUUUUUGAUCUUAAUAUCGUCAAAAGUAUAAUACCUUUGAUUAAUCAUCAAGAUUUAUUCACACGAAGGUCUAUCUCAUUUCGUAGACUAUAUAGAAAAAAAUCAGUGUAUUUCGAAGUAUAAUAAUAUUCAUAUAUUUAUAAUAACAAUACACAGAUUCGCUGCAAAAUUAUUAGCUGAAAUGACAGCAAUACCAUGCGUCAGAAAUUUUUUAUUGGAAUCCGAUUAUUAUAUACCUCACUUCGCAAAAGUAUUAAUCAAUGAAAAGGACUUGUUCAUGCAAGAAUUUUCUUCUCUGAUACUCGCUGAAUUAUCCAAAGACAUCUAUGGAGUUGCACAAUUGUUAGAACAAUGUCCGAAUAUAAAUUUUCUUUACGAAAGAAUUCAAUCAACAGAUCCUGAUGUUAAAAAAAAUAAUAUAGAAAUAAUAUACAAUCUGAUACAAGAUCCAAUAGGCGCGCAAGAGAUUAUAAACGCUCAAGAUUUUAAUUUUCCUUUGAUUUAUCGACUUUUGGAAGAACCUUAUCCAGAGAUUCAACGAUUAGCCUUGAACGUAAUAGGUGAUCUAUUGACAAGGAACAAGGAUGAGUAUAUGCAGAAUAUUUUUCGAGAAACUAAGGGUUUAGAAGCAUUAUUAAAUUUUUUGGAUUCAUUGUAUAUGUAUGGAAUUAUUGAUCAUCUGAUUAAUACGUUACAAGAAACUGUACAACCUGAUAUGUAUUAUACCAUUUGUUAUGGAAUUGGUAAAAUAGUUUUAUACAGUCCCGCUGCUGAAAAAUUAUCUACCGAAAAUGUUAUCGAAAACAUUCUAGGUAUAUUAAAGAACGAUAAUUUAAAAUGGGAUGUGAGGAAUGCAGCAAUGUUUGCACUUAAUGAAUUAUUCAAUUACAAUGUCGAAAAUUGUACAAAUUUCUUGAAACUUCAUGGCGAACAAUAUUUAAUAUGGUUAAUCAAACAACCAUAUGAAAAAAUACUAUUAGAAACCCAAUUGAUAGCUGUUCAAGCAUUAAUUGCUAUAGCACGUCAUUCAACAUUGAGAAAUUCAGUAAUUAAAAUCGACACCAUAGAUGCUUUGUGUACACCAUUCGAGGCACAUUGUCCAACCAUGGACGAAUACAAAAUACUUUGUUGUCAAGCCCUUUCAAUGUUUUGUAUUGAUAAAAUUGGAAGGGAUGCAUUUCUUAAAAUUCACGGUCCAUCUAGAUUACAUCAUUUACUAUCAGAUGUACAUUCUAUCCCGAUAAGAAAUGCUGCAGUUCAAUUGGUUCAAUUGUUAUGCGUCGAUCCAGUUUUGGCAAAUGUUUUCGUACAAACUAAAUAUUUGUCAUAGUAAGUUAAUCACGUUUAAAAUAUAUUAUAAAAUUAAAUUGUAUAGUACAAAUAAUAAUCAUUUAGCAUGUUAAAUAAUCGUGCAUCCACAAGAAUUAUACCUUCAUGGGAUACCUGCAUAGAAACCCUUUUUAAUUCUCAUUUACCAGCCAAAUUUGCAUUCACCGGUCGACUUUCGUUACACGAUAUCACUCAAGAUGGUUUUUAUGUUUUACGACAAAACAUUUGUCCGUAUGUUUACGAUCGUGUUACUGCACAUUGAUUAAAAAAAAAAAAAAAUAAAUAAAAGAUAUUUAUUUUUGAUCUUAUGUAAAUAUUUUUCUUAGAUUUCCCGUACUAAAUGAUAUAUUUCGUUUCAAAUUUUGUCCCUUGGAACCCGUUUACGUAAUAAACACCGCACAAUCUAUUUUUUCAAAUAAUGUGAUAGACGAAAGAGACAUAGA